AUGCGCGAUGCACGAUGGGCGCCCGUGGCCGUCGUCGACUUUCGCCUGUUUAUUUCUGUUACCGCAGCAGAGUAACCUCGACAAAAGCAUGCCAAUAAAAUAUUACACGACGUUUCGUAAUUUGACAAUUGAAAAUCAUUUGACAACCCAGACAUAGUAAAUGUACUUCAUUCGUACAGGAAAUAACGUAAACAGACCGGAAUUGACAACAGAGGGCGGGACGUUUUUAAAAUUGGUGCGGCACAGUUUUGACUGUUGACAAAUCUCAUUUAACGUAUCCAUAAAGGUGGCCCUGUCCUGGCUGGCAUCGCGAAGAGAAAAAUGUCUUCAAAAAUUCCUAGAGGUGUGCAGUUACCUGCAGAAACGAAGAAAACAGGUCAUAAAUUUGAAUCCAGAGACACAGCAAAUGCGGCCCAAAAAUCAGAUGGUAUCCUUAAACCUCAAAAAGAAAACGUAGCAAGAAAAAAUGCUGCCCCUAAAGCUCACAAAGGGGUCUCCACCAGGUAUGGGCAACAGGCAGAGCUCAAGGAGCAAAAUCAGCAUCUGAUGACUGUUAACGACGAGCUGCAGAAAAACCUCACAGAGACACAGCAAAGAGUAGCUGAGUUGGAGCUGCAGUUCAGUGACCUUGAAAAGGAGAAUGCAGAGUUUCAGAAAAACCUGAAGGACUGUCACGUUCUCCUAGUCGCAGCAAAAAUAGACCCAGUUUUAGGAGAAAGGGUUGGAGAAGCUGCACAAGAGAAUGAAGAUCAAAGGAAAGAAGCUAUGAGUGUCUCCGCAGACCUGCUGAAUGAAUUGAGGACAUUUGGUGACAUUGCGUCACAGCAACGUGCUCGGCUAGAGGAAAUCCAAAAAACAAUGACAGACCUCACUAAGGCACGAGAACGUAUGAUGCAGGAGAGGGAGGACUUUUCCCUGGAGGCUGCUGAAUUGGAAAAAGCUCUCAAGGAAGCAGAGGCUCUCUUACUGUAAAAGUGUACAAUAAUCUCUCAAUUCAAAAGAAUCUUUGUGUGUUAAUAUUUAAUGUGUGUUUUAAUGUUACUGUGACUGAAAAUGAAUAAAGGAAAUUAACAUUCUUUUUUCCUCACGUUCCUCGUC